UCUCCCGCUCGAAUUUAAGUUAUCCAGGAAAUAAACAAAGGAUUAUAGACCCAAUGUUUGCCCCCGAAACGGAAGAUAUGCUGCCGCGAUCAGCACCCAGACCCAGUGCGGCGGUGCCGAUGGGUCAUAGCGAUGGAAUCAUCCGGCCAGCGGUACCGGAGGUGUCAAUUUUGUUUGGGCAGCCACCACAGGAUCAGCCGAAUUUGGCCCAGCAGCCCACAAAUGAGCCAGCACCUCGGCCACCCACUUUCGCCUCUUGGAAAAAACAAAUGCUACCUCGGGUCAAUUUCUCACCAGUUUUAACCACUGAAUUGGGCCCGAGGCCGACGCCAAGCACAGCUCAUAGCAAUCUUGUAACGUCCUCCAAGGAGUAUGUCAUAGUUCCUAGGGAUCGUGGUUAUGGGAAUGAUGCUCCGACGAGUCCAAACCCCUUGCCAAUUAACACGGGACCAGUUUACGGCGAGGCCAAAAAGCAGUUCCAUCAACCUAGGCGCUCGUCCAGUGGCUCCACUUCAGAUGUCCUUACUAUUUGUGCAGGAACACAAACGGAUAACCGCUCGCCUCCCCGGACUUCGCUUCCUUCGGUUGUGUACUCGGACAUCGACAUUAGCAAUUUGGCCGACAAGAGCGACCUGAAGUCAAUAGUUUCGAUGCUUGAAUCCAUGCGUCAGGAGCAGCAGCAACUGAGACGGAUCUGUGAAAAGAUGCUGGAGGAGCAGCAACGAACAAAGGUGGAAACCAUAUCGAAUCCCACCAGAACUACCGCCACUCAGUGUAAUAUAUUAACCGCCAACAGCGAGAAACGAUCAUCCCCGAUUAUUCAGGAUUACAUUGUCCUGGAUGAGGAGGAGGAACCUUUACCUCAACCUGUCCGGCAAGCGGCAAGAGUUAUUCCCCACUUCCAAUCGCCACGAGCCACACCACCCAUUGCCCAAUCUACGGGUUACCGAGCCAACACACCGCAAGCGAAGCGGAUACCUCAGCUCGCCAAGCCAAACACAGAAAAGAGCAUGGUGAUGAACGAACUGGCGCUGAAGUAUCUGCGACAGCCAGUGGACGAACUGAUGAAGGAAAUGCGCCUCGGAAGCUCACCCAAGUCCCCGAAUCCCGAACCUCUGCGUCCCAUUGAUAACUUCACCCACUCCCAAAGCCCAAAUGACAUGUCCAAUGCGUCCUACAAAUAUCUCAAGAAAUACCGCCUGCUCCCUGAGGAGCAGCUGGAUUACGGUGCUCGCGAUCACACCGGUUCUCAGUCCCCCCUUACAGCUUCGCCGCAGAUGCAACUCGAUCUGGAGAACAUUAGAAACCAACCGAAGCUGCUGUAAAAAGUGA